AGGUGUAUAUUUAGCCGCGGUUUAUUUCCAGAAGCAUGCACAAUAUUGAAGUUCAGAAACUUGUAAGAGGAGAAUCUAGGCGAACGAGCUAGCUGCAUUCUAGAUGGCAGAGGAAAACUCAAGAGCACAUGACGACAGGCCUCUCUGGCAGCAACGUAGCAAAAUUUACAAAAUGUUAACAAAUAAAGACCCGGAGAUUAUUCGGCAAAAAAAAAAAGAGGAGAUUAUUGGUUUUCUUUGUGAAUGCUGGAAAUGUAAACCUGCAGAACCGCUAGAUGGUCGAGGCAACACGCUUCUUCAUUUGCUAGUUAUCUGCAAUUAUGUGGAGGCUUUAGAGAGACUGUUGGAUGAAAGUGAUAUUAGCCAAGAGCAGCUCAAGAAACAAAAUCUUAGAGGUGAAACAGCCCUGCACGAAGCCGCGAGGCAUGAUAAUGAUGGUAUUGUUGAUUUGCUGUUACAAAAAGAACAUGUGUUCAUCUCAAAGAUUGGCUGUACAGUUCCCCUGUGCAAUUGCAAAAAAUGUGUUGAAGCAGUGUCCGCGAAGAAAAAUAAUUUAGUUUCUGUCCGCAAUGAAUUAGGAGAGACGGCGCUCUACCUGGCGGCUGCUUCUGGAAAAUGGAAAGUUUUCCAGAAGAUUCUGGAAUGUAACGGUGAUGAUUGUAUGACACAGAGCAACGAUGGCUGCACUGUUCUUCAUGCCGCUAUUAUGGGAGAAUACUACCGCACGGCUACAAAUAUAUUGCAAUUGAAAAAACAUGGUCUUGCUACAAAAUGUAACAAAAAUGGGGAGACACCUUUGAAUCUGCUGGCCUCUUCACCAUCUUCAUUUCGGAGCAACUCUUACUAUACAACAGCAACUAUGGGCAAGGCAUCGUUCAUUCCUCUACAAAGUUUAAGAGUUCUAUUCUACACGUACUUUAUACCACUCAAGUAUACUAUCAAUUCGAUGAGAGAAGGCGAUGAGGAGGAUCAAAGUAGCGGAUGGAAAACCUACAUCAAAGAUAAAGAAAGAAAUCGACUUUUCAACGAAUUUUUGAAAUGGCCCUGGAUUCAACCAAUAGAUGAUACGAAGCAAAAGAAUAUGAUUGCAGUAGCACUUGCAAGGCAACUUCUGGAGGAAGAGGAAGAUUGGAGUCGUUACACAUAUUCUGCAGAUAAAAACCAUGAUCAAUCCAAAACAUCAGAUAAGGCAAAUUAUAACCCUCUUAUACAAGCCAUUGAAAUGGGCAUUCCUGAAUUAGUCGUGGAAAUCCUGCGUUAUUUUCCUGAUGCUGCCAACUCUAUUAGUAAGGAUGGAAGGAACGUCUUCCAUUAUGCAGCCGAGCAUAGGGGUGGUGACAUUUACGAGAUGCUGAAGAAAUCUGCCAUUAACAAGGACAGAAUGCUGUUGGAUGUUGAUAAUGAAGGAAACACUAUAUUACAUCAUGCAACGAAGACCAAGCCUGCCACAAAUUUUUCUUUAGGAGUCGCUAACCUGAUGGCCUGGGAUAUCUUUUGGUUUCAGCGAAUAAGACAUGACUGUCCUCCACAUCUAUUGCAUACUAAAAACAAUGAUGGGAACACAGCAGAGGACUUAUCGCUGAAAGACUACAAAAAUAAACGACAAGCAGCUGAGAAAGCGGUGAAAGAAAUGAAUCAAGGUCUAAUGGUGGUGGCAGCAUUGAUUGCCACUGUAAGUUUCACAGCUGUUUUCACAGCUCCCGGAGGAUUUGAUCAAAGUGAAGGUGAAACUCAAGGCACUCCCCUGCUCUUAAAAGGAAAAGACCAUCAUCACGAUCUAGUUCUAUUUCUAAGUUACGUUGGCCUUACUUUUUUCGCUUCUUUGAUUGCCUUGGGAACUCUUCUGUCAACUCAGUUGUCGCGAUUUCAUUUGGAUGAUCUGUACUUUGCACUGCCACUAAAGUACUCGAUUGCUAUUUCGUGUCUCUUCCUCUCCUCGUGCUCUAUAUUCACCACUUUUCUCCAGGCCUUAGUACUUGAGGAUUACAUGCCUCCGUAUUACUUCACAUCCCUCAUCAUUGGCUGCGUCAUCAUGGGCCUAGUUUACGUCGAUUCCAUAUACGAUGUCUUAACUUAUAUAGUCGAGGUUCUGCGACAUUCAAGGACAUACAGGAGCCAAGAACGGUCAUAAGAUGUUGGCUGCAUAUGUCAUCAAAGCAAUAUAUUUGUUUGGGAAGCUGCUAUUGUAUUUUAUUCUUAUAUGUCAUCCCAGCACAUUAUUUUCCUGAGAGCACUUCUCUGAGAUUAGAUUUACGCUCUAAGCACUUGACUUGCUCCGUCGUGUUUUAUUGUUCAAGUGUAGAGUAUAAAAUUGGUGCCCGAACUUUAUCUAAUUUUUCAUUUUGGUGA